AUGUUCCAUGACGGAUACGGGAGGAACAUGAUUUUUGAGGCCUAUGAGCGCUCCGAGGAUCCCCUCUUCGCGCUCGAGAACAACAAGUCCAUCGAUGCCAACUACUACAUCGAGCAUCAGUUGCAGCUGCCUUUACUUCGUAUCUUCGGGCCUAUCAUGGGCAACGACGACAAGGCACAGUCUCUGCUCUUCAACGGCGACCACACCCGGAAGGUUCACGCACCGACGCAAGAAGGCGGAGCUUUGUCGAAAUUUGUCACGAAGAGCCUGCGAUGCAAAGGCUGUAAGGCAGUGAUCAAGCAGGGCAUGCUUUGCGAGCACUGUGCCAAGGACAAGGCUGCGGAGGUGGUCGUGAGUCAGAUGAAGGACUUCCAAGAGAAGGAGCAAGAGUACAAUCGCUUGUGGACUCAAUGCCAGCGCUGCCAAGGAAGUCUCCUUGAGCCCGUGAUUUGCUCCAACCGCGACUGCGACAUCUUCUACCGCCGGGCGAAGGCUCGGAAAGAUGUGCAGCUGGCCCAGGAGCAGCUAAGCCGAUUGAAGCUGGACUGGUGA